ACUCUAAACUUCCUAAUUUUGCAAUAAAUAAAAUUCCUAAACUCUGUCUAGUGUCUUCGUCCAAUGCUGCUUCACCCAGUACCAGUACUGACUGACAAUAGGACUAAAUUAUUUUGUAGGUUCUGACCAUUUCUGCUGGUAAGUCAGCGAAAGUGUGGGAGAUCUGUGAAGAUGGUAAUGGGGAAUUGAAGAAAACAUUGGCAUGUUCUGGCUCAGGUGGAGUUGAUGACAUGCUAGUUGGUUGCCUUUGGCAGAAUGAUUAUCUUGUCACUGUGUCCCUUGGUGGCACAAUUAGCAUCUUCUUUGCAAGUGAUCUCAAAAAAAGUCCACGACAAAUAUCUGGACAUAUGAAGAAUGCUACAUCAUUAGCUGUGCUUAAAAAUGUCCAAAAAACUAUAUUGUCCGGUAGUUAUGAUGGUUUGAUAGUUAAAUGGAUUCAAGGCAUUGGGUACAGCUGCUGUUGAAGAAGAAAUUGUCACAUCUGGAUUUGAUAAUAAGGUGACUGACAUGCAUAUAUUCUUCAAUUCUACUUUGAAAUAACUAUAUUUACUUUUUGUUUCCAUUUCUAAUCAAUUAUAGAGUUAAGAAAGUGAAAGAGAACAUGCUUGUUACAAUCUUUUUUCUUCCUUAUUUAAUUAUGUAGACAGAAUAUAUCUUGAUUGUGGCUUCUCUUUCAUUAUUUGAUACUUAGCUUAUGAACAAAUAAUAUGCAUCUAAAGCUAUAAUUGAAUUUCCAAGGAGAAGUAUUUCCCCAGCAAAUAUUUUGAAAUCCUCGAGUUCAAAUAUAUACAGUAUAAAACUGACAAAAGAAGACAGUUAGACUCCACUGGUAAUUGAACUUUUAUCUGGAAAGUUAUUUGGAGAAAGUUUUAAAGUGUCUUUAAAUAGCAUUGGUGAGAUUUUUCUUCCAAUGUAAGUUGCUGCUUGUUGCUGAAAUUAUAAAAUAUCCUCAAUAAUUCACUCAUUUAUGUAAUUUCUUGGCUUAUAAAAUUGACAAUCAAUGGAAGAUCUACAAAAUAUGAUGAUGAAAUUACUUGGUAUGGAUGAUUUGUCAAAUCAUUUGUUAGUCCCAGAUUCUGUAAAGCCACAAAUGGAUUAUUAUUAUUAUUAUUAUUAUUAUUAUUAUUAUUAUUGUUGUUGUUGUUGUUGUUUCUUCGUGACUUUAAUAAAUAAUUAGAUAAAAUUCUACUUAGGUUUGAUUAAUUAAACAUGACUUUUUCCUGAGGCACCAUCAUUUUUUGGAAAAAAAAAAAAAUUAUAUGUGAUGGUUCUGCUCGUAAUGCUUUUCUUUCUUCCCUUUCCCUGUGCCUGGAUUUGGAGAGUUCGUUUUCAAGGGGACCAAUGUGGAGAUGCCAAUUCCAUUGACAUUAGCAGUCAACCAAAAGACUUUAGUCUUGCCCUUCUCAAUCCUGGGCUUGCUUUGGUCACAAUUGAUUCAGGUGUUGUCAUGCUCCGUGGCACAAAAAUAGUGUCAACAAUCAAUCUUGGUUUUUCGGUGACAGCAUCUGCAAUUGCACAUGAUGGAAGUGAAGCAAUCAUAGGUGGGCAUGAUGGCAAAUUGCAUGUAUAUUCUAUAACAGGUGACAAUCUUAAGGAAGAAGCAGUACUUGAGAAACGUCAUGGGGCUGUCAGUGUCAUACGUUACUCUCCAGAUGUUUCAAUUUUUGCAGCUGGUGAUGCAAAUAGAGAAGCUAUUGUUUGGGACCGAGUCUCCCGAGAGGUACCUUGUUCUCCUAAUUUAAUUUGACAAUUUUGUUGCCGUAAAACUGUUUAUUUAUGACAUUUGAUUAGUUUAGCAGAAGUGACAAAUGUGCAAACCUAUGUUUGUUGUGUGUGCGUGUGUGAAAUAACAUUAUAUUUAUUUUAAGAGUGAUACAACUGAUUGGCUCACCAACUUGGCUCACAACUUUGCUGAUCUAGUAAGUUAUGAGAAGGCCUUAAAAUUUUCUAGCACUUU